AUGAAACUGCUUAUCGAGUUUUUUUGCCCUUUGGGAUAUUUUGUCUCAAUUGUUCAGAGUGGAAGAAAACGGAAAACUUUUUGUCACCUUCCCCAAGAAUUGGGUAAAUGUGAAGGCCAUCGUUUUAUGUAUGCUUUUCCUAAUAGGCAACAAAUGUGCGUUUCAUUCGCUUUCUCCAGUUGUGGCGAUAAUAAAAAUCGCUGCUUUUCCAGGGAAAACUGUGCGAAAGCUUGCGCACAAAUUUAAUCUCGAUUUGUUCCCUAUAUUUGAUUAUUGAAAGUAAUAAUCUGUUUAUAUAAGUAAUAAACCAACGAAGCUAUCAUCGUUUUACUGGCUAUA